CGUGCUUCCCGCCCUAGGCCACGGCUUUCCCUUUUUUCCCUUUUCCAAACCAUCUUCGCGCCUGCCCCCAAAUCCCUAAAAUCAGUCGUCGUCUUCGUUGCCUCCCCGACGAUUUCCCUUCGAAUCACCCCACCGCAGCAGAAUACAUCACACCAGCGAGUACCGCCACGAACCAAGUGCGAUUUCCGCCAUGGGGAAAAUGACGAAGUUGGGGGCCGUAGCUCCUCUGAAGAAACGGAGCAAUAAAGAGCGAAUAGCGUCUAAUUCAGCUCAAAUCGCGGCGAUGUGGAAGAAAUUUGAGGAAACCGAGCUAGUGUUGGAAGCCUUUUCCCGCAGCCAGGGCUACACGUGCCCAUUGGGGCCCUUCACGGGAGCGCUUCCUCCGUUACCGGCGGCCCCUAUAGUGGACGUAGACAGGGCGAUCGCCGAAACAGACAUGGCAAUGGCCGAACUGCAGAGGGCAAUGAAACACACGGAGAAGAGGGUGAUAGUCAUGUGCCGCAGCCUCGGGUUAGCAUUCCCAAUUGGGGCUUCUUCCAGGCGCAUGCAUCAACCCUAAGGCAGAGGAGUCAUCCGCCGAUCCCACACCUUAGUUUCUGUGCUAAGCAGCUACUGGUGCAAACAUGCAGCUGAUCAAGGGUGACCGUGGCGGGAUGCUAUCAAUGUCUGACGAUAACGUGAUGAUGAAGCAAGUGCAGGCGACUCAUGCACCAGACGGCAGAGAAGUCGAUGUGGCCCCACUUCUUCACCUAGUUGAAGACAUCCUCAAUCGCGCCACCCUUCAAGUUGAACCGCCAUUGCUGGCUGGCCAAGCACAUGCAGAAAUGGAGGAGAAGAACCACCAGAUCAGCUACUCCAUAGUGCUUGAUGCUCUGUCCUAUGUCAUUGACAGAAUUUCUUGUGAGAUUGCAUACAAGGCAUUAGGAGGAGCAGAUGCCCACUCAACAACAGUGGCCAUCUUCGAGACACUAGCAAGUUUCCCAUGGGAUGCCAAGCUGGUCCUAACCCUAGCUGCUUUUGCGCUCCACUAUGGAGAGUUCUGGCUCCUUGCACAGAUAUACUCAUCAAACCAGCUUGCCAAGGCCAUGGCCACACUCAGGCAGCUGCCCAUGAUCAUGGAGCAUUCUGGCCCGCUGAAGCCAAGGUUCGAUGCACUCAACAAGCUCAUCAAAGCCAUGGUGGAAGUGACUAGGUGUAUGGUUCAGUUCAAGGAGCUGCCACCUAGUUACAUCUCUGAGGAUGUGCCAGCUUUGACCCAGGCCAUGACCCAUAUCCCAACUGCUGUUUAUUGGACCAUUAGGAGUGUUGUGGCUUGUGCGAAUCAGAUCACUCUUCUCACUACCAUGGGACACGAAUAUGCACUUUCAACAACUGAGGCAUGGGAGCUCUCUUCUCUUGAGCACAAGCUGACCAACAUUUGUGACCAUUUGAAGCAACAAUUGGGAAGUUGCUAUCAACACAUAGAUGACAAGAAGAAUGUGGAGACAUUCAGGAUGCUGGUGGAGCUAUUUGAAAUGACGCACAUUGACAACAUGAAGAUUCUGAAGGCCCUAAUUCAUGCAAGGGAUGACCCCAUGCCAAUAGUUGAUGGUUCUACCAAGAGAAAGGUUACCCUCGAGGUGCUAAGGAGGAAGAAUGUCCUCCUCCUAAUCUCAGACCUCAACAUCUCCCACGACGAGCUCUCGAUCCUCGAGCAGAUCUACAACGAGUCGAGGAUCCACACCACGAGGCUGGACAGCCAGUACGAGGUGAUCUGGAUCCCCGUCGUGGACCCAUCGAUCGUGUGGACCGAGGCGAUGCACAAGCAGUUCGAGACCUUGCAGUCGACGAUGCCCUGGUACACCGUCAGCCACCCUAGCGUGAUCGAGAAGGCGGUGGUCAGGUACAUCAGGGAGAAGUGGCACUUCAGGAACAAGGCUAUCUUGGUGGUACUUGAUCCACAAGGUAGGGUUGUCUCCCCCAAUGCCAUUCACAUGAUGUGGAUUUGGGGCAGCAAUGCUUUCCCUUUCACCAGCUUGAGGGAGGAGUCUCUUUGGAGGGAAGAGGCAUGGCGGCUUGAGCUCUUGGUCAAUGGGAUUGACCCCAUGAUCCUCAACUGGAUCAAGGACGGCAAGUACAUCUUCCUCUACGGCGGAGACGACGUAGAAUGGGUCCGAAAAUUCACCAACACAGCCCGGGCCGUCGCAGUAGCCUCGCGCAUCCCUCUGGAAAUGGCCUACGUGGGGAAGAGCACGAAGAAAGAGCUAGUACGCCGCGUCCUCGCCACCAUCACCGUGGAGAAGCUGAGCUACUUCUGGCAGGACCCAACCAUGAUCUGGUUCUUCUGGACACGCCUCGAGAGCAUGCUGUUCAGCAAGAUCCAGCAGGGCAAGCUCGACGACCAUGACCCGAUGAUGCUGGAGAUCAAGAAGCUGCUGAGCUACGACAAGGAAGGAGGGUGGGCCGUUUUGAGCAAAGGGUCGAACAUCAUAUCGAACGGACAUGGCAAUACGGUGCUGACGACUCUGGUGGAGUACGAUCUGUGGAAGGAAGAGAUUCCGGUGAAGGGUUUCGAUCUGGCUUACGAUGAUCAUCACAAGAAGGUCCAUGGGGUGACUUACCCUUGUUGCAGGUUCGAGUUUCCUAAUACUGCGGGGAGGAUUCCUGAAGGGAUGAAGUGCCCCGAGUGUCAUAGGUAUAUGGAGAAGUACACCACUUUCCUUUGUUGCCAUGAUGAAGGGCAUCCUACUGCCUCGCCAUUUCGAGGGGAGUUGUAGACGACGACGACAUGGCGUUUGAGAAGCGGUGCUUGGAGUAGUACUAAAUAAAGAAGGCGGUGGAGGAGAGCCAUAUGGAUCAUGGAUGGAUGCUUGCAUGCAUGCAUGGUUUGCAUUCAUAGAGCUUUUUACUAUAUUUGUUGCAGUUUUCAAGCGUUUUUUAGUAAAUGGUUUGAGUCAUGUUGUAACUUGCCAAUGGCGGUUCAUGUCAUGGAAUUGAUUAAUCAAUAAAAGUAAUAUCUAUAUCCAUGGUAAAGUCUGGUUUACUUUAGUGUACUCCAGGUAGUGAUCUGAC